AUUAAUUAAAAACUAAUGUGUCGAACAGCAACUGGUGCAACCUGUCCAACUUGCCCGAUAAGUCCUAGUUGCAAUACUAAGGCAGAAUCUUUCAAUGCGUCAUCUGGACAAAGCUUAAAUAUGGCGAUCAGAGGGAAUUUCCGAAAUGGUUGCAACAAAACAUAUUUCUUCAGCAGUGAAUCUGCGAAAUUUGAGGAAGCGCAAUCUAAGUGUUGCUCCUUGGGAAUGCGGAUUCUAAGCGUUGAGUCGAAAGAUGAAUUGAAUUGCAUUAGUCGAGUUCGGAAGGAAAAAACGGACGACUAUGAUUUUUACUGGACAAGUGGACGAUUGUCGAGCGAUUGCAGCCAGUCGGUUGCUUGGUGUGUAACCGGCAGAGUUGCUGACAAAGAUCCUUUGUGGAAGAAAACUGGUUCGACUAACCAAUACGGCGAUUGUGUUGUUUUGAAGUUGUACGGCGCCUCUACUGAAUCUAACCAACUAUCUGGUCUCGACCGCAUGGCUUGCGACAAAAGAAUGUCUUUCAUUUGCGAGCCCAGAGCAGUAAAACACGCCUUGCAAGAUGUGGCACGUUCCAAACAAGGAGGCUGUUCACAGCCUGUGUGUCCAGUCAUUACUUGCAAAAGAGGAAAUUACUUUGACUCAAUCGGAAGAUUGAAUUUGCCUGAAUCAUUGGGAUCGCUUCAAAUCAUCAAAGGACAGAUGUACGCCAUCAGCAAGGUCAAAAAAACCUUCAAAGAGGCGGCAGAAGCGUGCUGCUCAAUUGACAUGCGUCUUAUCAGUAUCGAAAACAAGGCUAAAGGAAACAUGCUAGAGGAUUAUCUGGAAAUUAACGAGCAAUACUGGACGAGCGGAUCAGACUUAGGGUGCGAGGGUAAAUUUGGAUGGUGCAGUCAGGGUGGGGUGGAGUUUGGAGACAACAUUCCGUGGCUCUACAAUGAGCCCAACAACGGCGAUGGAAACGAGAACUGCGUAAAUAUCGACAUCAUUGCAUGGGACAGCGUGAAAUUCAAGCUCAAUGACAACAACUGCGACAAAAAAAUGAAAUUCAUUUGUGAAAGCAAAGUAAUGGACAUCAACCCAAGGGUCACCACCUUGGCACCACCUGUCGUUCCGACCAUUGCGCAUUGCACCAAAGGUGUUUGUCCUGUUCACGAUUGCAACACGAAAUCGGACCUUGAAGUAUCAUUUGAUGAUAUGGAAUUUGUGAAUUUGACAUUUGGGGUCCCUCGGAAAGCUUGUGGAAAAACAUUCUACUUCAGCAAAAAUAGGACAACUUUUGCCAACGCCGGCAGGGCAUGUGAAUGCUCAAUGAAACUAAAACCGAUUUCUAUUGAAACUGAUGCAGAUAUCAAGUGCUUCACUGACGUUGUCCGCCAGGAGUACCGCAAGAAGAACGCGACUUUGUGGACCUCGGGCAGCGAUGAAAUGUGUCCUGGCAAGUACACGUGGUGCAACACAGACAAGCUGAUGGCCCCUGGGGCAAAGUGGCGUAUUGGGGAGCCCAGCAAGAGCAACUGGAUGCAGGCCUGUAUUGCGAUUCACAUAGGAAACAACAUGGACGAGCUCAACGGCCUGGCUGACUACAAAUGCACUCGGAAAUUCCGUUUUGUCUGCGAGUUGAUCAACACCUAAAUAACAAGAUUUUCCACCAGUAUUGGGAUAAUGCUAAUUUUUGAUUAUUUUGUUUGCAAAUGAUACGGAUUUCUCCUGUUUUAAUCUUUUAAGAUCUACUUGGAUUUUGGAACUUUUAUAUUUGAUGUGAUUUGGUAUUUGAAUUGGUCAUUCACGUUCCAAAAAUAAAUGUUAAAGUGCCGAUAAAAAUAAAAUAUUAUUUUUUCCACUAAA